AUGUCAGAUCAACAUGAAAAUGGGUCAACUACCCUUCCUCGGGGUUUCCGCUUUCAUCACAGUGAAGGAGACCAACCAACUACCCCGGAGCCAUUCAACCCUGUUGGUUCCGAGGGUCCACCGUCUCCACCCCGCCCAAAUCGAUUAAAGGUCAGACGACGAAAUGUGUCUAACUUUCAAGCACCAACCGAACAUUUUCUCGCUUCUGUUGCAGCUGCAGAUAUCCCUAUCCCUACAAUCGAGGAGCCACAAAUAGAUCCCCACGUAUCGUCAGAUUGCGAUAUGCCAGACCGAGGCCCACUUUCAAUCACUACAUCUUUCUUGGCUCCGCAUACAUACAAUUCAAGAUUCGCCUCACCUCCUAAAACUCCAAUACCUUCUUUGACCAUGGAAGAAACCAAUUUUGACCGUCCAGAUUGGACCAUGGGAACCUCAUCAAAUGAACUUGAUAUUGAACGACCAAGAUCUGCCGCAUCUCAUAGCUCUGAGGAUUCAUUUUACAGUGAAAGUCAUCUCUCUAGGUACUCUGAAGAUGGUAGUUGUACCAGUCCUGAAUCCGAUUGCGCUGAUCCAUUCUCAUUUCCAUCAUAUUCCAAAGCCAAGGGCAAGAAGCUCAGUGAUGAAGCCACCCAAUCUCAUGGUACCGUUCUCAACGCAAAGCUUCGCCGCAAAACUCGAAAAGAUGCCCCUUGGACUUCAGCCAUGAGUGCACACUUAUGGUCGGUCUAUUUACUUUACCUCCAAGAUCCAGUUGUCACACCAUUUCGGAUUGGUGCUAGCUCUGUGCCCCCUGAAGGCGUAUGCCAUCGUGUUGCUCGACAAGCAAAGAAGAGUUGGAAAGGUCCUAGAGGAAUUUACAGUGCCAAAACUUCAAAUCACACAUCACGUGCGGGAUCUUGUGAGCAUGGCGGCAUGGCAACUCCAACUGAAGAUCAACCACGAACAUAUACACAAUGGCCUCACACAAGUUCGGCUACUAGAGCACACCUUCGUGAACUUUGCAAGACUAAGGAUACUAGCGCCGUACAACGACAUAUGCAUUUUCAAUCUCGGAGUCCUACACCUUUCACACAACAUAAUGCUCGUUCACGAUUCCGAACUCCUGAGCCACAAACAUCUGCCCCUACUUCUUUCAAUACCACAGAUAUCUCAUUAUCGUUAACGACGAGCACAUCUGAAACUAUGCAACCAAAUGGACCUCUAGCUCAACUUGCAACUACGAAAGAAUCUACCAUUUCUAGACCACGCAAAUCUGUUUAUCAACCUAGGGGAUGGACUAGAUCCCGUUCUACAAAUUUGAGCUUGGAUGAUUCAACCAGUCGCACACUCGGAUCACCAUUUAUGGCUCGAACUUAUGGACCUAGUUCAACUAUGGAUGGAGCAUUUGAUGAACCUCGCCCUUCCACUCUCCAAGUCCAUUCUGAUACGAUAUCAGGUCCAGUGCCUGUACCUCGACUUCGAUCACCACUUCAAUUUGAUCGUCCUCGAUCUUUCAAUAACAAGGAACAUAAGAGAAGGGUUCAAAAUCAUUUCGAGAACCUCAAUUCUGGUGGUGCUGUCUUGAAACCCAAUAGCAUGAAUGAACAGAUAUAUGGUAUACCUCUAUCAGGAAAUCAACAACGACGAGUCCGAACUAGAGCAUUCACUAUUGGCGAUGACUUACUUAGAAAUCGUAUGCCAGGAUUGUUUCAACCUCUUCCAUCAGAACCCGAAAAGACAGGUCUUGUUCCUGAUAUCAGCCCUUCACCAGUACCUCAACCAAAGCUACUUCCAUCAGCCACAUUUGAUGUCCCACGUUUACGGUCACCUUUUAUGGAGAAACCAAGCAAUACAUUUCCCCGAAGACUUUUUCAUGAUCAAAAGGAACCUGUUAGAAACUCUGGAGUAGCGACUAUGCAUCAAACACGUCGCUCUAUUGAUUCUUCUGAUUUUGGUGAAAGACCUUCACUUCAAUCAAGACUUUCUCGACUCGAUUCUAGGCUUGCGGAAAUUAGAGAAAGGGAAAAUGGGUAUCGAAAUCAGGAUGGCUUAUGA